AUGAAGCUUUCCAUUCUCAUCGCCCUUCUACCCGCCGUCCUGGCUGCGCCUGCCAAGCGUGCGGAACCAGCUCCUCUCCUGACGCCGCGCGGUGCCGACUCGAUCAUUGCGGACAAAUACAUUGUCAAGUUCAAGGACGGUGCAUCCAUCGCGUCCGUUGAUCAGACCGUCAACGCCCUGACUCAGAAGGCCGAGCAUAUCUUCAGCAAUGCUUUCCGUGGCUUCUCGGGCCAUCUCAGCAAGGAUGAGCUGAAGACUCUCCGCCAUCAUCCAGAUGUCGAAUAUGUUGAACAAGAUGCUGUUGUCACCAUUUCGGCCCUGGUUACGCAGCCCGGAGCCCCUUGGGGCCUCGGACGCAUUUCGCACCGGCGUCCAGGCAACACGACAUACGAAUACGAUAGCAGUGCCGGUGCCGGCACCUGUUCCUACGUCAUCGACACUGGCAUCGAAUCUUCUCACCCGGAGUUCGAGGGCCGGGCGUCGCAGAUCCGGAGCUUCAUCAUUGGCCAGAAGACGGAUGGGCACGGCCACGGCACGCACUGCGCCGGCACCAUAGGCGCCAAGACGUUCGGGGUCGCCAAGAAGACCAAGAUCUAUGGUGUCAAGGUGCUAGACAACUCGGGGAGAGGCUCCUACGCGGGCAUCAUUGCCGGCAUCGACUUCUCGAUCCGGGACUCGAGGUCGCGCAAAUGCCCCAAGGGCGUCGUCGCCAACAUGUCCCUCGGAGGGGGCUUCUCCCAGGCGGUCAACAGUGCGGCGGCGGCCAUGAUCAGGGCAGGCAUCUUCCUCGCCGUCGCGGCAGGCAACGACAACACCGACGCUAGCAACUACUCGCCCGCGUCGGAGCCGACCGUCUGCACGGUCGGUGCCAGCACCUCGAGCGACGAGCGGUCCGACUUCUCCAACUACGGCCCUGUCGUGGACAUCUAUGCCCCCGGCAGCGACGUUGUCUCCACUUGGAUUGGUGGCCGCACGAACAGGAUUUCCGGCACGUCCAUGGCCAGCCCGCACAUCGCAGGCCUCGGUGCCUAUUUUGGCGCCCUCCGUGGCUUCUCCGACCCUCAGGUUCUCUGCAAACAGCUGCAGACGAUCGCGACCAAGGAUGUCCUUUCCGACAUACCCAGCGACACUUUCAACCUGCUCGCCUUCAACGGCAACCCCCAUGGAGAGGAGUAG